CUAUCCAAUAUGGCGUCCAACUUUGCGUAUGGAACGAGCUAGCAUAGCGGCUCUAGCUCAUUGGAGGGCGGGAGCGGUGACGUCAGUUGAGAGAAGCAGGCGCUUCCCGUCGUUGGGGUUUUUACUUCACGAGAAUCCGAGGCAGUGGGCGUUAAAGGGGAAUUAUGCUCGGUGACAUUUAGCUUUCAGUUCACAGCGCUGCCUUCUAUUUUUUUUCAAAAGGGUCGCUUUUUUAAAAAAUCGACGUUAAAUGUCCAGCCAAUACAGCUGAGUCACAACCCUCAAGUGAGCAGCCCAACAUGUUGAGGAGAAGGUGGUCGAAGUUCUUCAAGCCGGAAGCCCUUCCUGGCCCCAGUGAGGCUCCUCAGACUCCAGGCAUCCACGUCUACCUGUUCUGGAGCAAAGAUGGGGAAGCUCAUGUGUCCCACACAGAUGGGGACGUCACGGCGGAGGAGCUGUGCAUCAGGGCUGCAGAGGUUGUAGGUAUAAACCCGCUUUGUCAUGCAUUAUUUGCAUUAUAUAACCCACAAACACGCUAUUGGUACAGUCCGAACCACACUUUCAGCCCAGAAGAGAACUGCAGCUUGGUGCUUCAGUACUGCAUGAGGUUCUACUUUCGGAACUGGCAUGGGCUAAACGACAAGGCACCUCUGGUGUCCCGCCACACUUUGAAAAGUGGUACGAAUCAGAAAGGUUCCACUCUGCUCGACAUCACAUCCUUGGAGUACCUAUUUUCUCAGGCUAAACAUCAAUUUGUAAACGAAGUGGUUCAAAUGAAAGAAGUCCAGAGCGAGGAAGAAAGAAGUCGGUUCAAAAACGAGAGCCUGGGAAUGGCGGUACUUCACCUGUCACACAUUGCAAUACAGACAAACUCUACUUUACCAGAAGUAGCUGGAAAAGUCAGUUUUCUCCAGUGCAUUCCAAGAUCGUUUGCCAAAAACAUCUCCAAUGACAACUUCCUCACUAAAAUCAGGAUCCGUCUGGUGUUUGCCCAAUUUGUGCGCACCUUCCAGCAGCACACAGUUGACAGCCGAAAGGUGACCACCCAGGAGAUCAUGUACAAGUACAUUUCUACUCUUGAACAACUGGCUCCACGAUUUGGUUCAGAGACUUUCCAAGUGACUAGCCUGAAGCUGAGGGAGGAUGGCGACGGGAGUAGCUCCUACUCGAGCACGGUUCAUGGUAACGGUCUCUCAAAGGAAAACUUAAGCCCUCUCGUCACUCACGAAGUCAUGGUUUCUGGUACUGAGGGGGUUAAGUGGAGGAAGUUGCAGAUUCAGAGGGCUCAGGAGAAUUCCUACCUCCGUAACGACUACUUGAACUACAAGAAAGUAAAGCAGCUGAACGCUAACACUCCCGAUACAUGGACCCUAUUCUCAGAUUUCCCUGAUAUUACCCACAUCGCCAUUUCUGAGGCUAAUGUGUACAUUAGCACUCUGGAUAACCGCUGCAUGGUGGUACAGAUGAACUCCAGCCAGGAGGCCCGUUCCUUCGUCUCUCUUCUCGAUGGAUACUACCGACUGACUGCAGACGCCCACCACUAUCUUUGUCGCGAAGUGGCUCCCCCAAGGGUAAUUCUGAGUGAAGCAAAUCUGCUGCACGGACCCAUGCAUGAGGAGUUUGUGCUCCACAAGCUGAAAAAGGAUGCAGCAGAGGAGGGAGCGUUCCUCAUUCGCUGGAGUGCAAUCGACUAUCACAGCAUCAUUCUCGCUGUGCUAAAAAGAAAUGAGAACGGUUCACCGCCGAGCCACAAGCAGUUCCGUAUCCAGCAGAAGGGUUCGGUGUUUUGCAUGGAGGGCUGGGACAGAGAGUUCUCCAGCGUGAAGGAGUUCAUAGAUAACCUCAAAACGUUUGUCCUGAAGUCUGGCUCGGACAGCUUUAUGGUCAAAAAGUGCCUUUUGCCAAAACAAGCAGAGAUCUCCAACCUUCUGGUGAAAAGGCAGAGUGACGAGCUCUACCCCCUCUCAGAGUCCUUCUCGCAGAAGCUGACCAAGCUACGCUUUAACCGCAUCAAGGAGAAAAACAUCACUCCGGAUGUGCAUUUGGGUCGAGGCACAAGAACUAAUAUCUACUCUGGGCGGCUGCUUGUGGGAGGGGAAGAUGACGGGGACGACGUCGAGUUCAACAACAACUCUUCCAAGCAGAAAGGCAUUCGGGUGGUCCUCAAGAUCUUGGAUCGAAGCCAUGAAGACAUUGCUCUUGCAUUUUUCGAAACGGCAAGUCUCAUGAGCAAAGUGUCCCACAGUCACCUGGUGUUCGUGCACGGCGUGUCCGUCAAAGGAUCUGAAAACAUCAUGGUGGAGGAGUUUGUGGAAUUUGGACCAUUAGAUGUCUUCCUUCGCAAAAGAAAGGCAUCCGUGAACGCUCAGUGGAAGUUCAUAGUGUCGAUACAACUCGCCAGUGCCCUCAGUUACCUUGAGGCUAAACAGCUGGUUCAUGGCAAUGUCUGUGCCAAAAACAUUCUGGUGGCAAGACGUGGCCUGGAGCACGGCACUACUCCUUUCAUCAAGCUGAGCGAUCCUGGAAUUUCCCUAAAUGCCCUCACUCGAGAAGAGCGUUUGGACCGCAUCCCAUGGAUUGCGCCCGAGUGUGUGGACACCAGCGCCCCCAUCGGUCAGACUGCUGACCAAUGGAGCUUUGGCAUUACGCUGCUGGAAAUCUGCAACAACGGGGAUGUUCCCAUGAGUGGCUCUACUUUGCCUGAAAAAGAGCUCUUUUAUCAGGAAAAGCAACACCUUACUGAACCAUCCUCAGAAGAGCUGGCCCGGUUCAUCAACAUGUGUUUGACCUACGAGCCCGAGGAGAGACCUUCGUUCCGCACUGUCCUCAGAGAACUUACUGAAAUGAUGAUGAAAAGUCAGCCUUUCCGAAAGGAUAUUGACAUACUUUACACUGGAAGUCUCUCGCCACCGAUCCCGAGCACGUACCAGAAACGCUACCUGAAAAAGAUCAUGGACUUGGGAGAGGGUCAUUUUGGAAAAGUGACUCUCUACAAGUAUGACCCAACAAAUGACGAUACAGGAGAACUUGUGGCCGUGAAAGUCUUGAAACAGGAUGACGGCUAUAUGGCGGAAGACUUGAUGAAAGAGAUUGAAGUCCUGAAGUCCCUUGAUCACACGAAUAUUGUGAGAUAUAAGGGCUGUUGCACUGACCCGGGAAGGAAAGAGGUACAGCUGAUAAUGGAGUACCUUCCAAUGGGAAGCCUGCGAGAUUACCUUCCUAAAACGAAAGUGUCUGCGUGCCAGUGUCUUAUGUACGCUCAGCAGAUCUGUCAGGGAAUGGAUUACUUGCACUCCAAACGCUACGUGCAUCGAGAUCUAGCUGCCCGCAACAUCUUGGUCGAAAACAACAGCUUGGUCAAGAUUGGAGACUUUGGCCUGACGAAAUACAUCCCUGAGGGGGACAUCUACUACCGGAUUCGAGAAGGCGGGGACAGUCCAGUAUUCUGGUAUGCCAUUGAGUGCUUGAAAGACAACAAGUUCUCCUUUGCCUCGGAUGUUUGGUCCUUCGGUGUGACACUAUACGAGAUCUUGACCCGCUGUGACAACCGUCAGAGCCCACCAACAAAAUUCUACGAAAUGAUGGGUAAAGCCCAAGAACAGAUGACAGCAAUGGCAAUCGUAGACCUGCUGAUGAAAAACAGAAGGUUGCCUUGCCCCAGAGACUGCCCUCAUGAGGUGCGGCUGUUGAUGGAGCAGUGUUGGCUUGAAGAUCAAGGAAAGCGGCCCUCGUUUGAAAACCUGAUUGUAAGGUUCGAAGCGAUCCGCAGAACCUACGACUGGCAGUUUAGCUCCAACUUCACCAUGUCUGAGAUUUGCUGAAUGAACGUCUUUAUCAUUUACAAGAAAAUGCCUAAAUAUCUUUCCUAAAGUACACUUUCUGCUACAUUUAUAAACGGAAAUGGAUUUGAGGAUGAUUAUUUAUAGAAGCACACUCUUGUAUCGUAUAUAAGAUUAACUUAGGAGCUAAAAUGGAAACCCUAAUAUUUGUGUUAUAUAUAUAAAUUUUUUUUGUUAUUGCUGUUGCUUUUUAUAAUCUUUGCGGGGUUUAAUUUUCAGGGAAAAGCUCAAGCAUGAAUGAAUUGGUAAGCAUUAGGGUAUAUUUUAUUAAAAAUGAUAGAGAUUUCCUUAUAUAACAAAUGUAUGUAUACAGAUUUUAGAAAUAUAGGAAGCUUUCUUUUAAAUAUAUAUGUACAUGUUGCAUGUUUUUGUAAAUAUAUGAAUUAAUAAAUGCGUGUUCAACUCCCCUUUUAA